AUGCCAAAAAGAAAUAGAAGGAGAAUUAUUUCGACUUCUGAGUCGGAAAGUGAUGACAGUGUUGUGAGAGUGGAUACUCAAAAUCGGCAGCAAAAACGAAGGAGGAGAGAAUCAAAAUAUGACGAAUUGUUAUCAAAAUUACGGGACAUCGAAGCAGAGAUUCGCAGUAAUGUUUCCAAUGAGGAUAACAGAGAGUCAGAUAAAGAUAAGGCACGGUCAAAAAGCAAAAUAAUACAUGAAGAGCAGAAGAAACUGCAGAAAGAGGCAAUACGAAGUUUACGUGAACCAAGGCGACAAGAUCCAGCGACGUAUGUAGUGGAAACAAGCAGAUUGCGUCCAUUCUGGGUCGUCCAGCACAAAAUCGACAACCGGGACACAUGUUUUUGUAUAAUGCAUACCAAUAUGUGGUUGCUAAUAAAGAAAUUAAAAGCAACAAAUGAGUUAGAGAAAUUGUGCAAAAGCAUUUUUUGUAUAGUAACUGAAGGGGAUGCUUUACAAGAACAAUGCUUAGAGAGAAAGUGCAAAAAUUGUAAGAACAAAACCAUAGGAACAAGUACUUUUAAUCCAGCUGAUACGAUCACAAAUGAGAAAUGGUUUACAAAGCCGGUUAUAGCUAUGUCCAAUUCGGACAAAGAUAAUGGUAUUCCUCCAGAACCACCAGAUAGGGGAAAAUUUUACAUUGAUUUAGGAAAUAACGGAGUCAUGGAAUUUGAAGAAUUUGAAAAUAAUAAAACAGAAAAUAUACAGGUAGAUAAUAAAAACAACGAUCAAACACCGACAAAAAAGGUAAGUGAAAUUAGUGAUAAUAUUAAAACAGGAAAAUUAAAUGAUGAAAAAGAAGUAAAUAAAUCAAACUUAAAUAAUUAUAUCAAUUUAAGAAGUAAAAACCGAUAUACAUUUAGCGAUAGUUCACCGUACAUCGUACAUAUAGAAAAUAAAAACGGUAAUAUAGGUAAACUACACAGGAUUGGAACGGCCCGAUUAAUUUUAGGUGCGGUACCAGAAAUAGAGAAUAACAUUUUACAAAUAUCUGUUAUAGGGAGAAAUAAAGUAAAGGUAGAGUUGAAUUCACAUGAAUCUGCUAAUAAAUUAUUACAGUCUGAAAAAUUAAAAAUUAAAAAUUAUGAGGCAUAUAUUCCAAAUUUCUUCUUACAAAAAAAAGGUGUAAUAAAAUUGGUCGAUAAAGAUAUUGAAGAAAAUGAUUUAAUAUCUUUAAUCCAACCCAGAUUCGGAAUACAUUUUGAAAUAUUGCAUGUUAAAAGAAUUAAUCGUAAAGUAACAGAAAACGGAACCACUUCAUAUGCAAAAACCGGAACAAUAGUCGUUACAUUUAAGGGCCAAAAUAUUCCUUCACAAGUGGUAAUCGAAAGACUAGUAUACGAUGUAGAACAUUAUAUUCCUAGAUUAGUGCAGUGUUUAAAAUGUUUGAGGUUUGGUCAUGUAAGUUCUCAGUGUAGGGGAAAAGAAAGGUGCGAAAAAUGCGGAGGCGAACAUAAUAAAGUAACAUGUGAAGAAACUAACAAAACAUGUGUGUUGUGUAAUGGAAAUCACAGUGCUACUGAUAGAGCUGCAUCUUGCUCCGAAUUUGAGAAACAAAAAAGCAUUAAAAAUAUUAUGAACACCGAAAAUAUAACAUAUUUCGAAGCAAAUAAAAAAUAUACAAAAUUUUACUCUACUGCCAGCAAAAUUAAUCAAUCAACUUCCAAUCGUUAUACAAUUACCAAGAGAAAAAGGACUGGUAGUAUAGAUACCACCAAUAGCGAUAGUGCCAUAAAAGAGGCGCAUAAACAAAUAUUAGAAAUUCCAAAAAUACAGUCACAACCAAUUAUACACUUGGAUCGACAUAAAAAAAAUUGUAAAUCGAAAUUGGCUAAAAAACACCAAAGAGGUACAGGAGGAGGGCCUCCUGAACCAGUUACUACGGAUACUUUUGAGUUGAAAGACAUAGAGCUUACAAGUCCGGCGUGUGUUACAGGUAAUAAGGAGGUACCCGAGCCAAGUAUUAUUCUAGACGAUGAAGUAAUAUUUGAGGAGAUACUUCCCAGUCCGAAUGUAGAAACAGAAUCUGUACGAUAUAUAGAGCUUGACAAUGCUUACAUGGAUGUGACACCUUCUGUACAAGCCCCCCAAACCCCUUCCACCUCCACACAAAAUGUAAUUCCUAAGGUUAAAUGA